GACAAACGCGAUGGGAGGAAACAAGCUAAGAAAUCCACCAAACCAGACAUGAUUUCGCCAUAACAACGCGACACGACCAGCCAACCCAGCACCGCCCGACCCAAAAUGCUCGAAAACCUCUGCUCUCUGCCGCUGAGCGCCGAGCUCUUCACCCAGGUGCUCCAUCCCGAAAAACCAUUGGUGACGGUCGGCCUUGCGAGCGGCCAUGUGCACUGCUUCAAGAUCCCCGACGCGCAGGAGGACGGCAAGGGCCUCAUUGAGCAGGUGUGGUCCACGCGGAGGCACAAGGGCAGCUGCCGCAGCCUGGCCUACAGCCAUGAUGGCGAGGUUGUCUACUCGGCUGGUACCGACUGCAUCGUCAAGCAAUUUUCCGCUGAGACAGGCCAGGUAGCCUCCAAGAUCAACAUUCCCCUCCGCGGCAGCCACCAGGAUGCCCCCGCCAUCAUGCAUGUCCUAGCCCCCAAGACAUUGCUGCUCGGAACCGACUCGGGCGCCCUCCACAUCUUCGAUCUGCGUGACAACCGGAGCAUCAACCCGGAGCCCGCCCGCAAGCACAUGCCCCACGACGACUACGUCACGAGCCUCACCCCUCUCCCGGCCUCGGCUGAGAGCACGUCGGGUUUCCCCAAGCAGUGGGUGAGCACCGGCGGCAGCACCCUUGCCGUCACAGAUCUUCGAAGCGGCAUCAUGGCCCGGAGCGAGGACCAGGAGGACGAGUUGCUGUGCUCCGCCAUGAUCCCCGCUGGCCUGGGGCCCAAGAAGAUGCGCCGAAACGCGGUUGUUGCCGUCGGCACCGGCUCUGGCGUCCUCACCCUGUGGGACCGCGGCGCCUGGGAUGAUCAGCAGGAACGUAUCUACGUUGCCGGUGGUCGCGGCAAGGAUGAGUCUGAUAGUCUCGACUGCAUCGUGCGUGGUCCCGAGUCUCUUGGCUGGGGCACCAAGGUGGCCGUCGGGUCGGGCGACGGGAACCUCAGCAUAGUUGACCUUCGGAGGAGGGAGGUUGAGACGGUGCUCCGUCAUGACGAUCUCGAGGGAGUGACGGCCAUUGACUUUGACUGCAUGGGCAGGAUGAUCAGUGGCGGCGGGAGGACGGUCAAGGUCUGGGCCGAGGCCGCGUCCCAGUCCCAGGACGACGCGGAGGAUGCGCCGUCCAAGAAACGGGCCCGUGAAGACGAGGAGGAUGAUGAAGACGACGAGGACGGUAGCGAUAGUGACAGCGACGGCUCGUCCGAAGAGGAGCAACCCGUGCCGGUCCAGUCGAAUACGAGUAAGCGGAGGAAAGGCAAGGGAAAACUGCCCGGCACACUCACUUUCCCCGGACUGGACUAGGUACCUGCAGAUGUUCUUUUAUCUGCCCUCUCCGCUACGGGGGCCGUUGAAGGUGAGUCAGUUGCCAUGUCUCCAACAUUGCGUUUCAGCCUGCACAUACAUGUCCGCCGUUCCGGUCAAGAAUGAAAAGAGACAACGUAAGGGAGAAAUGGUAGUGAAAGGAAAGAAUAAAAUAAUGGGAGAAAAAAAGAAUGAUUAUCCCUUCAUGAAGUAGUCUGUUCCCCGGUCGGCCAAUCCAGC